AUCUAUAUAUAACUUUUUAGUUCAUUUAAUUAGCAUUUAUACGAAUUAAAAGCUGUUAUUCCGGUGGGCUGUGUGGAAGGGAAAGUGGAGAGACGGAGACGGAGAGAGAGAGAUUAUGGCGAUCAGGAAGCUUCUGCUUCUAUUGAAACCGUUGGAUCCAUAUCCGUUUCUUCCACCCGAAGGUGUCUCGCGCAUCAAGAACCCUCAGGUUCUUCGGUAUCUUGAAAGUAGGCAUGCAGUACACAAGGAUGCUGUGAAAUUUUGUCAGGAGAUUUUACGUAAGAAGCCGGUUGAAUGGAGACCUAUAUCACGUAAUGAUUUACUGCAUCCCAUUCAUGAUGUCGAUAUGGUCAUUACUGUCGGCGGCGAUGGCACCCUUUUGCAGGCCAGUCAUUUCAUCGAUGACUCGAUCCCUGUUCUAGGAGUGAAUUCUGACCCGACACAAGCGGAAGAGGUGGAAGCAAUGAGCGAUCAGUUUGAUGCUAGUAGGAGCACUGGGCAUCUCUGUGCUGCAACGGUUGAAAACUUUGAACAGAUUCUUGAUGACAUUUUGUUUGGUAGAACAAUUCCUUCGGAAGUAUCCAGAAUAGCGGUGAAGUUAAACUCGAAACCGCUCCCAACACAUGCACUCAACGACAUUUUGAUUGCACACCCAUGUCCUGCCACUGUUUCAAGAUUCUCAUUCAAGAUUAAGGGCAAAGACAAUAACGAGUCAUGGUCCAAAACAGUGAACUGCCGGUCCAGCGGUCUAAGAAUCUGCACGGGUGCUGGCUCCACGGCGGCAAUGCUUUCGGCUGGUGGGUUCGUAAUGCCCGUUUCGUCUCGUGACCUGCAGUACAUGGUGAGAGAACCCAUCUCGCCCGGUUCGUCAUCGGCCAGUCUGAUGCACGGAUUCAUCGAACCGGAUCAAUCCAUGGACGUGGACUGGUACUCCGACCACGGCUCGGUCUACAUCGACGGUUGCCAUAUCCGUUACACUAUGCAGCUCGGAGAUACAGUCGAAAUAUCUUCUGAUGCACCUUUCUUGAAUGUGUUCUUGCCACCUCAUGCAUUGUCCGGGAACAGAUCAAGGUAUUAGAUUGCAUCUAUCUCCCUUCAUAUUUCUCCACUUGUAGAUAUCUCUAUAGAUAGUAAAGUUUCUCUAUGUCAUUGAAUAAAGAUGCGAGUAAUUGUUUUGUGUUGGUAAUGUGAGCAUUUAUAUGAUGGACCAUCCAGAACGUGGGCGAAUUCGAUCCUUUAAUCAAUUGAUAUGUAAAAAUCCCGAACCAUCCAGAAGCUUUAUUCC